CGCUGACUUUCCACAUUCCGGGGAGCUAAAAGACAUCCAACAUGUGUGAUGACGAGGACACAUGCGCCCUUGUGGUUGACAAUGGCUCCGGCAUGGUCAAGGCCGGUUUCGCCGGAGACGACGCCCCUCGUGCCGUGUUCCCCUCCAUCGUCGGCCGCCCCCGCCAUCAGGGUGUGAUGGUCGGCAUGGGUCAGAAGGACGCCUACGUCGGUGAUGAGGCUCAGAGCAAGAGAGGUAUCCUGACUCUCAAAUACCCUAUCGAGCACGGUAUCAUCACCAAUUGGGACGACAUGGAGAAGAUCUGGCAUCACUCCUUCUACAACGAACUCCGUGUUGCUCCUGAGGAAUCUCCCGUCCUCCUCACUGAGGCUCCUCUCAACCCCAAGGCCAACCGUGAGAAGAUGACCCAAAUCAUGUUCGAGACUUUUAGCACCCCUGCCAUGUACGUCGCCAUCCAGGCCGUGCUGUCCCUCUACGCCUCAGGUCGCACCACAGGCCUCGUCUGUGACUCGGGCGAUGGCGUCUCCCACGACGUCCCCGUCUACGAAGGCUUCGCUCUUCCUCACGCUAUCCUUCGUCUCGAUCUUGCUGGCCGUGAUCUCACUCUUUAUUUGAUGAAAAUUCUCACCGAACGUGGCUAUUCAUUCACUACCACCGCUGAACGAGAAAUCGUCCGUGAUAUUAAGGAGAAGCUGUGCUACAUUGCCCUCGAUUUUGAUGGCGAAAUGAACACUGCUGCUGCCUCUUCCUCGAUCGAUAAGUCUUACGAGCUUCCCGACGGACAAGUCAUUACCAUCGGAAACGAGCGUUUCCGAUGCCCUGAGGCCCUGUUCCAGCCUUCCUUCUUGGGCAUGGAGUCUGCUGGUCUUCACGAAACAGUUCAUUGUUCCAUCAUGAGAUGCGAUAUUGAUAUCAGAAAAGAUCUUUUUGCGAAUAUUGUUAUGUCUGGUGGUACCACCAUGUACCCAGGUAUCGCUGACCGCAUGCAGAAGGAAAUCACAACUCUGGCUCCUUCCACCAUCAAGAUCAAGAUCAUUGCUCCUCCUGAGCGUAAGUACUCCGUGUGGAUCGGCGGUUCCAUCCUGGCCUCUCUGUCCACCUUCCAGUCCAUGUGGGUCACUAAAGAAGAAUACGAAGAAUCUGGACCUGGCAUUGUACAUCGAAAGUGCUUCUAAACAUAAAUUAUUGGCUUCUAAUAGACAUUGUCGAAAAAAAUAAACCUCAUACAUAUUG